UCCGCGCGCGCUGUACGUUCGCCUUCGGGUCUGUAGUGUUCGAAGCGCCCGGACCAUUCGCCCGCUACCGCUCGCGUGCACUUUCUCCGUUUCACCGAGGCCGUGUGACGUGCGCAAAACCGGAACACCGUGUUCACCGGGCUCGCGGACGGCGGCUGAUCGAAAGAACGAUUCCGGUCUCGCGUCGAACAAUUACCGUCCGGCCCGCAUCCAAUAUGGCUUACAAACUUACGUAUUUCAACCUCACGGCACGGGCCGAACAAAUCAGAUUCCUUUUGUCGUAUUUGAACGUCGAUUUCGAAGACUACCGUUUCGACCGCGAACAAUGGCCGUCGAUAAAACCCGGUGAGUUCCGAGUGUCGGUACCGUAGUUUUUUUUUUCCCCGUAAUUUAUGAUAAUAACGGUAACGAACACGAUAAUAGAUAAAAAAAAAUAGCAUAUAACGGGAACGCGUCUCGCGCAAUAACAAAUAAACGCGGUUUUUUUUUUUCUCCGUGUGUAGCUAUGCCGUUCGGUCAGGUGCCAGUACUGGAAAUCGACGGGAAAAUAAUCAAUCAGUCUAUAGCUAUAAGUCGGUACUUGGCGAAAAAAGCUGGAUUGGCGGGAAACGAUGAAUGGGAAUCGUUGCUGAUUGACGUGGCCGUCGAUAAUAUCUACGAAAUAAGGCAAGGUGAGUUGGUUUAAAAACGAGCGAUUUCAUCCGUUCUUACAGUGUUUCAAAGGUUUUAUGUCGAUGUCGAUGAAAAUCAUUUUGCAGCUUCCGAUACUUUCCUCGUACAUUUCACGGGGACAGCAAUGUGGGGGGGGUGGGGCAAUUUUUACAGGCACCUUUUUGGGUGCCUGUACUAGAAAAAAUAAAAAAACAAAUACCGAUGAGGUUUUUUUUUUUUUUUAAAUUUAUAUUAUAGGAUACAGGUAUAAUAUACUUACAAAUGCAUGUGUAUACAUUUAUUUGAUAUACCGAAACGGUUAUUGUUCAUAUCGUUUUUAAUAACGCGGAGUGUUAUUAACAAGUCAUUAGGUCGUUUUACGUAACGCGAUUGAUAUCGGUGGCGUAUUCAGGUAUUGGUGAAGCAUUAUUCGGGGGAGUGGGAGGGAGGGAGGGGGAAUUGGAUCGUGUCUAUUGCACAUACUAAUAUUAUUAUGUAAAACGCGUAUUUACUAUUUUACAAACGGAAACACAAAUAACAAAAACGAGUUUUUCGUAAUGAAAAAUGAUGCCGGGAGUAGGGUCGCGCGAUUAUUUCGAUUAAUCAAUUAUUAUAAUCGAAUGUAGUGAUGGACGGUAACGGACAACUGUCGAAUUAUCCGACAGUCCCUUCGAAUAAUCGUUAUCGAUUAUUCAAAUAAUUAUUCAUUCGAUAGGUUUCCUUUCGAACAAUUUAUUCAUCCGUAUCAUUCGAAUCAUAAUUUUACUAUAAUAUUUUUUAUUAUCUAUUCGAAUAAUACGUUUCUACGGUACCGUGAUCGCGCGGUACACUCGACAGUGAUCGACGUUCAUUUUUAUAAUUUGCCGUUUCGAUGGAAAAUAAUAUUUAAUAGGCGAUUGGACGCGACGAGUGAAACGGCCGCGGUUCAGGAAAUACGAACACGCGCUGUUUUUUUUUAUAAACGAUUCGAUAUGAAUUGACAAACAACACUGUUUUUCCGAGCGAAUGAAUGAAUCGCCAACGGGCGAAUUAUUCGCGAAUAAUCCGCGAAAACGCGGACAACACGAACGGACAAGUUAUUCGAACGAGUCGUUCGACGGUUCGCGUAAACAAUCGGAUAUUAUUAGACAGUACGAAUCGUCCGUUGUCGCCAAUCGCCAAUCGAAUGCGACCGAACGUAAUCGAACGCCCGACCCUAACCUGACCGAUCGAUCGAUCAGUGUUCAUAGUGUAAACGUUUCCGCGCGCGCUAUCUGCGGGCGUAUCAACCGCCGGGUACGCGUGGGAAAUACCAUGACGAUAUCAUAAACUAUCUGGCGGGAAAACAAACAACGUGACGUUGCUCUAACGCUCCCGCUCAUAAUCCCAUCGGUAAACACCGGUAAUUCGUAACUUGCCGGAAGAAGUAAACGGAUUGGCGGAUAAAAAAGAUAGUCGGGUGCAGCGGCGGCAAGGCGAAGCCUUUAAACAACGGUAAGAAAAAAAAAAAAAAACAAAAAACAUUUUAUUCGAGUUGGGUUUGAAAAAUGUGUCCGCGAGUGUACCCGACUGUAUUUUUUUGACCGUCAAAAUUACGUGCCUAAAUCAUCGUUGUAUUCAUCGUCAAUUUUAAUGCGAUUAUAUUAAUUAUUAAUUUGUUAUUUAUUGACUAUUCGAUUAUCCCGGCCGUAAAGUGCGGAGAAGUGCAAAAAAGAGGUUUUAAAAAAAUAAAUAAAUACUUUUUAUCAGAAGCCCACGAUUUAGUGUUUUAUCUAGGUAUAUAGCAGGCUUCCUCGCGUCUUCCCACAUCGCCGACAAACGAACCGGUUUUCCGAGGUAUUAAAAGUCUUCCCGUUUCGCUGAAAAUUGGGAGACGGCGACGUGGGAAUGAACCGGCUCCCUUGUGACAUUUUAGACUGCGACACUGCCCAAUGCGAUAUAAUUUGAAUACACGUGUUUCGUUUUGUUUUUUUUAUACGUAUAAAACUACCAGGGAAGUCCAAUUUUGAGCGAAUUAUUAUUUACGCGGCUGCGGGUAAUUGAUAUUAUUUUUACAGAAAUCAUGAAAUAUCACCACGAAAAAAACGAAGAAAUCAAAUCCAAAAUGUACGAUCAGCUGGUCAAUGAGAAAAUCACGUUCUACUUCGACCGGUUUGAAAAGAUCGUUGCCGAAAACGGCGGUUACUUCGUGAACGGAAAGGUAUGCGUGUAUAUUAUUGCCAUUUCCGGUGCCGCGGUCCGCGAUACUAUCGACAUUCCGUUAUUCCGGCACAAUUGCAAUCAAGUUGCUCCCAUACUUGUUCAACGUCUAACGACCAUUUUCACGUUUUAAUUUUGUAAUUGCGUUUUAAAAAAAAUACGCGCGUCGUACUCCACCCGGCAGUUAAUAUCUAUCGCUGUCGACCCGGUCGCGUCCAGUCCGCGUUAUAUCGCGGACCGCGUCAAACAAUUAUCCGCCGUCGUUACGAUAGUACCGACGGUAAACGAAUCGCACGUUACGACGUUCUUCGUUCCACAGCUGUCCUGGCCCGACUUGUACUUCGCGUCCAUUUUGGAUCACUUACGGUCCGUAACCGAAAUCAACUUGGUCGACGGCCGUCCGCAUUUGGAACGGCUUAAGCGUAAAGUGUUGGCCGUCCCUCAGAUCAAAUCGUACAUCGCCAAACGGCCGGUCGGAGAUCCGUGAACUGAACGAUUCGACCGGAAUACGAAUGUACAAGUAACAGACUUGAUACGUAUUUACAUUUAAAAAACAAAAAAAAAAAAACACAGGCAUCACCCUCGUGUAAGCGCAUUAUAAAUCAUAUAAUUUUUACAAAGUUGUUUAUUUAUUUUUUUUCCUGUGGACGACAUUUCUACCGGUUAUUCCGUUCCUGUUUACAACAACAGCACUUUUUCCGGAAGAAAAUCCGACCGGUAAGGUACAUUAGGGAGGUCGUUUUUUUUUUUUUUUUUUUUGUAUGUUUUUAUUGCGUAUUAUGCGUGUUUG